CCGCCAGCGCUACAUCAACACAAUACAAAGGUAAAACAAAACGGAAAAGGCAGCGGCGUUUCUCUCCCUCCCUCCCUCCCUCUGCACAAACGCCACGCCGCGAGACUCCCACGCGGUCCGCCCCCGCGUCGUCUGGCCUCGCGAUGGCCGCCGCCGCCGACUACGACCGCGCGCACCGCCCGUACGCGGCUCCCGCCCCCGCCGGUGAGUACGACCGCCCCUACCGCAACGAGGUCGUGCCCUACGGUGACCGCCGCAUCGACAUCAUCGUCAAGCCGCCCGCGAGGUCGCCGCCGCCGGUAUCCAACAGGGGCGGCGGGGGAGGGGUGGGGUCGGCGUGGUGCUUCAGCGAUCCGGAGAUGAAGAGGCGGCGGCGGGUGGCCAGCUACAAGGCUUACUCGGCGGAGGGCAAAGUCAAGGCAUCGUUCCGCAGGGGAUUCCGCUGGAUCAAGGCCAAGUGCUCCGAGCUCAUCCAUGGCUGAACCCGGUACCUCGGUGAAAUUCUAUUGUAUUGUAUUGGCAUGGUGCAAGAUGCGGCUACAAAGCGCGAGAGAUGGUUGUCUGUUGUUAUUUCGCUGAUUCGCUCUCAAAAUGUGGAAGAGAAUUUGUUCUGAGAUUGUGUAGAGAACUUUGUUGCCCCCCUGGUUAUAGGAAAAGAACUCGAUGGAGAUCUGCUGAGAUUGCUUGUCGCUACCUGCCAAUUGCCCCCUAAUUCUGUUCAAAAAAUGUUUGAAGAAGACUUGAAUCCCGGAGAAGAAAAAUUCUUUGCACGAUAGUACUUUUCUAA